CUGUUUGUUGCUUACUUCAUGUUUACUAAGAAGUUUGAUUGCAAAUAACACACACACAACCACACGCGUUGGUGCAUCUAUCUAUCUAUCUAUCUAUCUAUCUAAAUAUUUAUUCUAAUACAACAAUGUUCUUGAUAGUGACUUCGAAGUUUCGGCCAGCUAAGUCAUCGUCGGACUAGAUAUCUGGGUGUAGGCUAUGAUUUUAUAUAAAUAACAGCACACACGCAGGCACACAUACGCGUACUUACAUAAACACACUACUUGGCUCCUGGGGUACCUUUAGCGGAAUCCACUAUGUGACAAGCAUUUGGACCAGAUUUCCAGGAUGUCUUUCCUUCUCAAUCCCUCCUCCUCCUCCACAUCAGUCUCAGAAACAUUUUAAAGGACCAUAAGGGUAUUGCUUUACCUCCUGGCUAAAAACACAAAAAUACGUACAUCCAUCCAAAAAGUAUAUAAAUAAUAUAUAUUUAAAUAAUAUAUAUUUAUAUAUUUUUUAAAGUAUAUAUAUAUAUAUUUAUACGUACAUAAAUUAUUAUAUAUAUAUAAAGUAUAUAGCACAUUCUUUCUCUCUACAAGCAUUAGUUUAGUGAGUUCGAGUCCACAGCUAACCACCUACACUUUUUUCUGCAAAAUAGGGGCAGUUUAUCCUGUUCAAGCUAUAUUAUUAGCAUUAUCCUGCGAUUGAGAAUUUAAAAAUCACUUCUUUAACUUUAAUUAUAUUAUUUUUAAAAAGAUAUUUAGGCAGUGUCUCAAGCCUCAGGCUUUUAUUAAUCAGAGUGGAAAUUAUUGGGGUUACACCGUAUCAAUAGCAACUCAUGAAAACACUAUCGUUAUAUUCAACAAGACUAUCAAAAUGGAUAUCAUGUGGAUCUGUUUCUUUGUUCUCUUCGUUUUCUGCUGCUUGUUUCUGCUUCUGUUUUUCUAUUACGACCUAAAAGAGUUCUGUGUUAAACCGAAAGAAAGGUCGCUUAGUUUCGCUUCCGGUUCCUACCUGUGCGACUGGACCUCGUCAGCCGGUGUAAGGGGAAUGGUAUCAAGUGCAGCAUCGACACCGACACACAAGGACCCUCAUCACCACCAUCACCAUGCUUCAACCCAUCAUUACCGAAAUCAAUUCUCUUCGGAUUAUUCUAGCGAGCGCUUCGCCCCGCAGGAAGCAGAUCCUGGAAAAUGUCGGCAUGAAUAUCGAAGUUGUGCCGUCAACUUUUGAAGAGAACUUGGACCAAAGUGCUUUCCCGACGCCGGCUGAUUAUGCGAAAGCAACGGCUCGGGGUAAAGCCAUUGAAGUAGCACGUCGACUGGGAGUCUCAGAAAAGCAAAGUGGAGACUCCGUUAAACCCCCUCCGGAUAUUGUUAUCGGAGCGGACACGAUUAUAACUGUGGGUGAUAAGAUCUAUGGUAAACCGAAGGACCGAGAAGAUGCUAAGAAUACCUUGACAAAUUUGUCUGGCAAGUCGCACAUGGCAGUAACAGGAUUGGUAAUUGUGGCGCCUGGGUCCUGGAAAGUUGGGAAGCUGUUUGUGGAAGACACGAAACCACCACUAUGCGUAUUUGAAUGUCACGAAAUCACCAAAGUAUUUAUGACAGACCUGGCCCCGGAAAUAAUGAACAGCUAUCUGGACUCUGGUGAAUUCAAUGGACGAGCCGGUGCAUAUAGCAUCCAGGGGCUGGCUGGUUCCUUCAUUGAAGCUGUGGACGGUGACUUCUACAACGUUGUCGGGCUUCCAUUGCACCGAUUUUGUCGUGAGCUGUUGCAUAUUUGCAUGACUAAACAAGAAUAAGUUUGGUUUUUAACAAUGCGACCCUACAUGAGAAAAUUACUACCCUUCUUAAAUCUAUGCCUCUUCUAAAGCUAUUAAUUCAUAAAUUCAAACCCGCAUGUGUAUAAACACACACACACUUACAUACGCACUUACAAACAUAUAUCAAAUUAAGAUUAUUAUUUUAAUGCAAGUUUCAGAACAAUAACAGAAUAUUCAUUGACGGUGUGAAUCAAUACUAAAGCUGGGGCCAAAUGUAUUUUAAGAUUCAUUUUGUCUGGGUUUCUGUGUUUCACCUGACUGUUUAUUCAUCAAGUAAAAUUGUGUCUCAGGUAAAACAAAUUUUAACGUGUGUGAAUUGUGUGUAUAUACACACACACACGUAUUUAUAUACCUGAACAAAAUUAGGGAGUUGAAUGCAUAUAGUAAAAAGUAUAUAUAAGUAUUAUGAUAUAGUCUGCUAAAGAUAAUACAUCCUAAGAAGUUUCAUUUUAUGCCAAGCAGUCCAGAUCAAAUAACAAAUUCAGUCAGUUCAUAAAACACCUUGGUAUGUCUUGUGUAUUUCAGGAAUAAUACAGGGUGUCUACAAAGUCUGGGUACAUGAGGAUUAACACAUACUUUAAGAAAUUAUUAUUUCUUAUAUUGAAUUAUUUAUAUUAUGAUUUUAUUUACUCCAUGUACCCACAUGGGGAUUAACACAUACUUUAAGAAAUUAUUAUUUCUUAUAUUUAAUUGUUUGUUAUGAUUUUAUUUACUCCAUGUACCCAGACCUUAUGGAUACCCUGUAUUAUCAGUUAAAAAUUUGUAAGGGGCUUAACAUGUUAAAUUAUAAAUAUUGUUAUGGGUGACUUAUAGUAAUUUUCCUUGGAUAACUAUAACAACAUUGCUAUCGUUUGAUGCAAGGGUUCUGAUGAUACUAUCACUAUUCCAUCGUCAUUUUGUGCAGCUAAAUACACUCGGGGUUUUAAUGAUUGAAAGAUUUUUCUUAUAAACGGAGGACAAAAAAGAAACAUAUCUUUGUUUAUGUCUGCUGUGUGUAAAACUAAAUAUUUCCCUUUCUCAAUCUUCCUUGCACCUCCUCUCGGUCUCUCGAAGGGUUAAAAUGAACGACUAGUCCGAUUAUCUUACAAAAACAAUCCACAAAUGAAGAUAUUCUUUCUUUUUCCCCAUUCUGCCUUUCUUCCAACUCUCUACCGAUAAAAAAGAAAAAAAACUCGUCUGCGUGUGUGUGAGUGUGAGUGUUUUACAUUUUCCUUUAAAAAGACGAGGAAAUUAAAGAGAAAGAGAGAGAAAGUUAGAUAGAAAAAUAAAGAUUUACCAUUCUCUCUCAGCCGCAUUUAAGCUAUUUAUUUGUUUGAUUGGUUUGUUGAAGGUUAUAUUCCAAAAUUUUCUUUCUUUUCUCAAUAAAGUUAAUCAUUAAAAAAAAAAAAUUUCUUAAUCAGUGCAA